AUGCUGGCUUCACCUCCUGCAGUUACCCACAGGGAUGGCCGCCUCAAGCUUCAGAAGAAGCAGGGCGUCGCGGACGGCAAGGAUGAAUCCUGGAUGGACCGCGAGCGACAAAAUCUGCAAGCCUACGAAUACCUCUGCCACGUCGGCGAGGCCAAAGAAUGGAUCGAGGCUUGCGUCAAGGACAAGCUCGGCGAUAUCGGCCAACUCGACGAGGAGCUGCGAAACGGCAUCGCGCUUGCUCGUCUGGCAAAGUUCUUUUGCCCGAGCGUCGUGAAGAAGAUCUUUGAGGAUCGCACCAAGCUUCAGUAUCGACACUCGGAUAACAUCAACUAUCUCUUUGACGCCAUGCGGAAAGUUGGCCUUCCCGAGGUCUUUAUAUUCGAGACCACGGAUCUGUACGACAAGAAGAACAUCCCCAAGGUGAUUUACUGCAUCCAUGCGCUCAGUCACUAUCUGGCCAAGAAGGGACUGGCACCCAAAAUCAAGGAUCUCCUCGGCAAGCUGACCUUCACAGAGGAGGAACUCGAUGCCACGCAGCAGUCGCUCGAGCAGUCGGGCGUCAACAUGCCUCAGUUUGGCAAUAUUGGACAGGCCCUCGCCGACGAGCUCAAGCACGUCGAGCCCACCGAAGAAGAGAGUAAGGCUGUCGCCGGCUCUCGCCUUGCGAAUAUCGUGUCCUGCCAGGCCCAGGCUCGCAUGCACCUGGAACGCAAGCGCUACCAGAAGCGACUUCAGUACUUCAAAGACAAUGAAAAGAGCAUUGUCAAGAUCCAGAGCUUGCUGCGAAUGAGGAUGGGUCGCAUCGAGCACAAUCGCCACAAGGCCCGCCUGGAAGGCAUCACGCCGAUCAUUGUGAAGCUGCAAGCCAUUAUCCGUGGAAGAAAGGACCGCGAGGAGUUCUUGAAGCGACAACAGUUCUACAAGAGCCAUCUGAAUGAGAUUGUCAAGAUGCAGGCCUUGUGGCGCUCCAAGCACGUCCAGAAGGCCUACAAGUCACUAGCCUCGCUCAACAAUCCGAACCUCAAGGUUGUCCAAGAGUUCUUACAUCUUCUGGAAGACACCGAAAAUGAGUUUGAGGAGGAGAUGGAUAUCGAGGGUCUCCGGCAGCUGGUCAUCAAAAAGAUCCGAGAGACCUUGCAGAUGGAGCAGGAGGUCAACGAGCUGGACAUCAAGAUCGCGCUGCUGGUCAAGAACCGAAUCUCGCUCGAAGAAGUCGCGCAUCUCACCUCCAAGAAAAUGAAGGCCAAGUCUCUCAACGAUCUGGCGAUGGAGGCAACCCCGACGUUCUCGUUCAAGAAAAUGGACAAGGAAACGCGCAAGCGGCUCGAAAACUAUGGCCAUCUCUUCCACCUGCUGCAGACCCAGCCCCACUACCUGUCUUCCACCAUGUUCCUGAUGAACAAGAAGAGCGGCGGGUCGGUGACCAAGUUCCUGGAACAGGUGACGCUGUCCCUCUACGGAUACGCACAGAACCCGCGCGAGGAGUACCUGCUCCUCAAUCUGAUCAAGAACUCGAUCAAAAUCGAAGUCGAGGAGAUCACAGAGAUUGGCGAGUUUUGGCGCUCCAAUCCUCUGUUCAUCAAGCUGGUGAUGAACUACAUCCGAGGUGCCAAGGAGAGACAGUUUUUGAGAGAGCUCCUCCAGCCUCUCGUCAACCUCGUCAUCAAGGACAACAACCUCGAUCUCGAGCUUGACCCCAUCACGAUCUACAAGUUCUUGAUUCGUGAGGAGGAAGUCAUUUCCGGGGAGAAGAGCAAGCGCCCAUACGACGUAACUGUCCAGCAAGCGGCCGCAGAUCCUGAGGUCAAGAACCUCCGCGAGACUCGAACGGCAAAACUUCAGGAGAUCACCUCCAAGUUCCUCGAAGCCAUCUUCUCGUCCAUCAAGGCCAUGCCAUACGGCAUCCGGAACAUUGCCUCCCAGAUGAAGGAGGCCAUGCGAUCAAAGUUCCCGAACCAGGAAGAGGAGAUCAACCGCAUUGUCGGAAACCUGGUCUACUAUCGCUACAUGAAUCCCGUCAUUGUAGCACCCGAGGCGUUCGAUGUGAUCGAGUCCGCGAUCACGCCCAUCCAGCGAAAGAAUCUCGCCGAGGUCGCCAAGACGCUGCACCAGAUUGCAGUGGCAAAGCCGGCCGAGUUGGACGAGUCGAGCGGGCUCAAGAUCUACAUCUGCAACUCUGGAAAGCGGUUCUCGCAGUUUGUUCGAGAUGUGGCCAAUGUGCAGUCGGCCGAGGAGUACUUCAGCAUCGAUGAGUACAUGGACAUCAAUGCGGCCCAGAAGCCGACGAUCUACAUCUCCCCGAACGAGAUUCUGCAGAUCCAUCGAGCCAUCUACGACAAUCUCGACGAUAUCGCUCCCGAGAAAAGCGACCCCAUCCGCCAGAUCCUGGGCGAUCUCGGCACGCCUCCGCCUGUUCCCGAGGGCAAGGAGGUUCCCGGAAACGAGCUGGCGCUUGUGCUCGUCAACCGGUUUGCCAAGCUUGAAUCGACCGAGAAUGUCAAACUCAAGCACUUGCUCUCAGAGACCAAGCGUAUGGUUCUCACAAUUCUCCGCGUUCAGAGUGGCAAGAACAUCCUCGACAUUCUCGAAGCCGCCGUGACCGAGAAGGAAGAGCAGCAGUUUGCCGAGGUCGUGAGGAUGGAUAUAGCCAAGGCCAGCAAGAUCGAGUCCAAGGCUGUCGGCUCGGCCGGCGAGAUCUACGGAUCCAGAGAUACUCUGGCGACCAAGGACACCAAAGAAACCCUGUCGCCGUCCCGAGAUGCCCUCUCCCCUGGUAGCAUCACGGUCUUUGGGCCGAUCAGUCCGGCGCUGUACAAGGGCCCCGAUGGCAACCCCAUGACAUUCUCUCAGCUCAAGCGAAAGGCCCUCGAGAACAUGGCCAAGCUCGAGGCCGAGCAGAAGGUCACCAAGGAAAACGGGUAUCAGGACAUGUUGAAUCUGAUUGCCAAGGACAUGAUCAACAAGCACAAGAUGAGGAUCCAAAGGAAGCGCGAGCUCCAGUCCCUGAAUCGAACCCUCUCCAACCUCGAGCAAAAGGCCGUGUAUCUCGAGGAGCAGAAGAAGACUUACUGCGACUAUGUAGAGUCGUGCAUGGGCAACCUGGGCAGCAAGAAGGGUGGCAAGAAAAAGGCACCGCUGUUCCUUUCCAAGCAAUACUACCAUCUGCGCGAGCUCCAAAAGAACGGCGGAAGCGUUCCUCAGUUUGGAUCGUACAAGUACACAGCGGCCCAUCUGUACAAGAAGGGCGUGCUCAUUGGCAUCGACGGCCACUCGCCUAAGCAAUACGGCGCCAUUACGCUCACGAUCUCGUCGAACGAGUCUGGUGUCUUCAGCAUCGAGGCCUCGUUCAUGGGCGUCAAGUUCCCCGAGAAAAUGGAGCUGCGUCUGGAGGAGCUAUUGCAGUACCAGUACAACAGCGUCCACACCAUUACGCUGUUCGACAUUGCCAAGGUCAACGUGAAUCUGCUUCUGUUCUUGCUCAACAAAAAGUUCUUUGUGUAGAGAGGCCCUCAAGGGCAAGCUGCCAACGGAUCCGCAACAUGGAGAAACCCAGGGAAUGCGGCAGCCGUUGCCGGCGCAGCGGAAUGCACCUGAUCCGGACACAUGGGCCCAGGGACACUUCAUCUGGAUCGAUGCUCUUGGUUCUCCUCCUUUCUUUCCUCUUCCAACUCUUGCCUCUCUCGAAUCGAAAACGAUAUUCUUUGCAUGCACGCUCCCGAAUUGGUCGGCAACUGAGUUUGGUGGUGUGGGCCGUCGCCGAUGCCGCAGCAUCAACUGUGGUCGACGAACGGGAGAGACGAACGGGCGGGGCCGCAAUCCAGAGGGUAUGCCGAAGGGGGGAGUCCAGCCAGUGGAUCUAUGC